CGGAGCGUGCUCAGACAGGCACGAGCAGCAGCUCUGAAAUCAGACCUCGCUCUGUUGCUCUCUCAACACCAUCUCACACACAGAACAGACAUGAAGACCAGCCUUGCCUGCCUUACCCUGCUCCUGGCCGUCAUCCUGGCUGUGUCAGGGUUCCCCAUGGAGAGGAAGGGGGGCGCAGGGGGCCGGGGGAAGGAGCGAGCGGUGCAGUAUGCGGCCUGGGAGGACGUCAACGUGAUCGCCCACGGGCUGCUGCAGCUGGGCCAGGGGCUUAAGGAGCACGUGGACAAGACCAAGAUGCAGAUGAGAGACAUCUCAGCCCACAUGAAGGCCCUGGAUGCCUCGGUGUCGCGGCUGGGGGAGGAGGGCCAGAAGCUGCGGGAGAAGGGGGAGCAGCUGCAAGCACGGGUGCAGGGUCUGGAGCAGCGGGGGCAGGAGGAGGAGGGGCAGGAGGAAAGGAGGAGGGUGGAGGAGAGGAUGAGACGCCUGGAGGAGAAGGUGGACGGGAUGAUGCAGGGGGAGGGGCUGACAGACAUCGCCCCGGGCAACGGCAACUACACUGAAGCUCUGCAGUGGAUGCUGGAGAACCAAAACAAGCGCAUAGACGACCUGGUGGAUCGUACCCGCCUGCAGCAGGAGAAGCUGGACAAGCAGACCAUCCGCAUCAGAACCCUGCAGAACCAGAUCCAGGUUACGAGAGAGAGAGCGUUGAAGCCAGAGGACAAGGUUCAGCCUGGCACCGUGGAGCAGCGGGACACCCCCAACAAGCUGGCAUCGGACUGCCAUGAGGUGUUCCUGAGGGGGGGCAGCAGCAGUGGGGUGUACACCCUCCAGCCCCCCCACGCCAACCAGCCCUUCCAGGUCUACUGCCACAUGACCUCUGAUGGAGGCUGGACGGUGGUCCAGAACAGGCAGGAUGGCUCAUUUGACUUCGACCAGCUGUGGUCGGCCUACCAGACAGGGUUUGGGAGUCUGAAUGGAGAGUUCUGGCUGGGUCUGGAGAAGAUGUACGCUGUGAUGCGGGACUCAGACUACCUCCUGAAGAUCCAGUUUUCUGAUUGGAGGGGCGACUCUGAGACACUGAGCUACAGGCUCCGUCUGGGCGGUGAGGAUAGCCACUACGCCCUCCGGCUGGAGCCUGGCACGCUGACCUCUGACCCCGAAGGCAGUCUGCACAGUGCUCUGACCCCUGACCAUGCUGGCCUGCCCUUCUCCACCCGCGACCAGGACCACGAUCUGAAGAACAACGCCAGCUGUGCCAAGCAACUCUCAGGUGGCUGGUGGUUCAGUAACUGUGGCAGGUCCAACCUGAACGGGCGCUACUUCCAGAGCCCGCUUCCCAAGCAGCGGCACCAGAGGAAGCAGGGCGUGUUCUGGAAGACCUGGAGGGGGCGCUAUUACCCCCUGAAGACCACCCGCAUGAUGAUCGCACCUACCCAGAUACACAACAAGUCAUAGAGGAGAGAGGUGCUCCACACUGAACUGAAAAACCCUGAGAGACGGGUUUGUCCCCCGAGGGGCCCCCAGCCCAUAACAAAGGCCCUGUAGAGACACACCCUCUCAAAUGACUGUAGAAAUUACAACGGAGAGUCUGUGUCUUCUAAACUCUGCUUCUAGAAUGUUCAACCCUGCUUCUACAAUGUUCAGGUGUCUAAAGAAACCAAGACUUAUGAUUCUGCAUUGGUGUCUGGUUGAGUAAAGUGUGCGUGUAAGAAAGAGAGCUAGAGAGAGAGAGCAGCACAGCUCAUGAUAUGACUAGAUGCCAGAAUGCUAAAACAGGCCCCAGCCUGUGAGCCUGCCAUCUCAGGAACAAAAGCAGUCUGUUCAGACCUGCCCUUCCCAAAUGUACCAUACCCAGCUGUACCAUACCCCAACUGUACCAUACCCAGCUGUACCCUACCCUACUGUACCCUACCCUACUGUACCCUACCCCAACUGUACCAUACCCAGCUGUACCCUACCCUACUGUACCCUAACCCAGCUGUACCAUACCCCAACUGUACCAUACCCAGCUGUACCCUACCCUACUGUACCCUACCCCAACUGUACCAUACCCUACUGUACCCUAC